AUGUCGGAUAUGCAGGAUACGCUGCUGCUGGGAUCAGAGGGAAUCAAGAAAACAAUCCUGCAUGGAGGCACCGGCGACAUUCCUAAAUUCAUCACGGGGGCAAAGGUGACGUUUCAUUUCCGCACCCAGCUGUGUGAUGAUGAACGCACAGUAAUAGAUGACAGCAAAGUGGUGGGGACGCCCAUGGAGAUCGUGAUCGGCAACAUGUUCAAACUGGACGUAUGGGAGACUCUGUUGGCCUCCAUGAGGAUCAGUGAGGUGGCAGAGUUCUGGUGUGACAUCACUUACACUGGCGUUUACCCACUUGUCUCCAAGAGUAUGCGACGCAUUGCUGAAGGCAAAGACCCCGUCGACUGGCACGUCCACACGUGUGGCAUGGCUAACAUGUUCGCCUACCACAGCCUUGGCUACGACGACCUGGAUGAGCUUAUGAAGGAACCAAAACCCCUCUACUUUGUCCUCGAGCUGCUCAUGGUGCAGCAGCCCAGUGAGUACAACAGGGAGUCUUGGGCUCUGAGCGAUGAGGAGAGGCUGAAGAUCGUUCCUGUGCUGCAUGGCCAAGGGAACAAGCUCUACAAACAAGGAUGCUACCAAGAUGCCACCCAAAAAUACAAGGAAGCUAUCAUCUGCAUCAAAAAUGUUCAGACUAAGGAAAAAUCAUGGGAGGUCCCCUGGAUGAAACUGGAGAAAAUGUCCAACACCUUAACCCUGAACUACUGCCAAUGUUUGCUGCGUAUGGAGGAGUACUACGAGGUCAUCGAGCACACCAGUGACAUCAUCAAUCAGCACCCAGGCGUAAUGAAGGCCUACUACCUACGAGGGAAAGCUCACAUGGAGGUGUGGAACGAGGCAGAGGCCCGGCAGGACUUCAGCAGGGUGCUGGACCUGGACCCUGGCAUGAAGAAGGCUGUGAAGAAGGACCUGGCUGUGCUCAAUAUGCGCAUGGAGGAGAAGAACCAGGAGGACAGGGACAAGUACAAGGGCAUGUUCUGA